ACGCAUGCACACUAGAAAAAAUUUAAUAAGGAAACCAUAAUAAAAUACUGCUUUCCCCUAUUUACGACUAGAUACGGUAAGUAUUUAACGUUUCCUUAUUUCCCUUAUUCGCCAAACCUAACCUCACAAAAAACGGUUGUCAACAUCAACUUUUUUUUAAUCUUUAAGUUUAAAUUAUAAAAUAUGAGUGGGCCAAUACGAAGCCUUGGCCAAGAAUACAGCACGAAAAAAAACAGAUUAAGGUUUACUUAUAAUGAUGAUUUGGCUCUAUUAAGAGAAUUUGUAGGACAAAAUCCCCUAUCAAAUCCCGAAGGAUGGGAGGUAAUAAAGCAGAACAUGCAAAUUUCGACUGGCAACGCCUUCACAAUUAGAACAAUCAAACAACAUCUGAUACUAAUAAUUGAAAUAUGGAUCAAGAAAGAUGAGGUUGAUAAAGUUAGAUCAGGAAUUGAGGAUUGUUCAGAAAGGGACUUACUACUUCAAGAAGCUAGUGUAUUAUGCAAAGAAUUUAACUUUGUAGGCCUAGACAGGCAAAAGAAAAAAACUCCAAGAGACUUACAAUUAUCGCAGUUAGGCAAAAAAGUGAGAAACAGUUACCUGGAUCAAAUGGAACAUAUAAAUGAAAAUGCCUCCACACCCACCAAACAAGUAUGUAACCAAAAUCAAGACAAUGGCAAAUUUGUUUUACAAGAAAUUAUAACAUGUGACCAAGAAAAUGAAAUCUUUUUUUAUGAUCAUGAUUAUGCUAGCUGUGUUGACAUUGGGCUGGAGCCGUCAAGUCACCAAAUUAACAAUACAAAUACAUUGAAGAAAAAUUCUUUGAGUUACAAUAGUUGUGAUAAAAGGACCUUGGAGGUCAUAAGUCCUAAAAAGACUCGAGGGUGUCUGGAAUCAACUGCCACUCCAAUAUUUAAAACACCGUCUACAGACCAAAAAAGUAGUGUACUAGGCCCUUCGAGGACGCGAAUUAAAAGACAGCCUAUUAGAAGAAAUGCCUUGACAUAUUUAUCUCAAAAACAGGAGAGAGACUAUGCCAUAAGAAAAAAAGAAUUAGAACUAGAAGAGCGAAAAAUUGCUUUACAAGAAAGACAAAUUAAUCUUAAUGAAGAAAAGCUAAAAUUAGAAAAACAAAAAUUAGAACUUGAAAAUGAAGAACGGAAACAGCGAAUGGAUGGAGAAAAAAAAGAAAAAGAAGUUACUUUUAACAUAUUGCAAAAACUGAUAGAUACUCUUGCACAAAAGUGCAAUAAGGUUAAUUUUGAUAGAUAAUAUCUGUUGGUUUUGUAUAUUUUUUGACCUUCCUUCGAUUGAAACCAAAAAUGAUUAAUAUUUUUAGAGUAUAAAGUUGUGAUUUGAAAAAAAUGUGAUUUAAAGAAAGUUUUGUAAAAAUAUUAGGUUUUUGUAAGAAUAGGAAUGUUACUUUUGUCGAUUUAAUAAUUAUAAAUUAGAGUCUAAUAUAUUUUUGUUGACUGUCUAAGACUGACUUUUGUAACAAUGUUAUGUUUUUUGUAGGUUUAGGAAUGUUACUUUUGUAAAAUCUUGUCCAAUAUAUAAUUGUUGACUUCAAUAAAAGACUGAUAUAAUAAAUAA